AGACUGAAGCUUCGAUCCUCUCGCCAUAGAGAUAGAGGCUGACGUGCUGUCCGUUCCGGGUAGAGACGCCAAAAGACAACUCGGCAACAAAAACGACCAGCUACGUCAAUAGUGUGGCUGUCUGCUUCUGGCUGCCAUGGCUGAACCCGACGAAAAGUUGACCGGUCUUCUACGGCUGCCCCCAGAGAUUCUGCUGCAGAUCCUCGAACGUCGGUUACAUUCCUUUUCUCUACCUGGGUCACUUGAGGGCGCGACAGACAAGGCUUGGAAAGAUCCAAACCGAAUGCGCCGUCAUAAGCACAAAACACAGCUCCUAUGGUCACUUUGCCUGUCAAGCCGCAAGUUGUCCAGCAUCGCCACCCCGUUUCUCUAUCGCUCCAUAAUCCUGCGAAGAGGUUCCCCGUUGAGACGUGCCAGAGAUCCCAACCCACGGCCGUUCUUAAGCGCGGAUUCGCUCGUGCUGCUUCUGCGCACCUUGCUCGAGAGCCCUAGAUUGCGGGUUGCUGUCCGAGAACUCGACUGUUACCUUUUCCUCAAAGAAUUUCCCCCGCAUUGCAGCUUGGAGUUCCAUGCCGAGGGAGAGCCGAAGCGGCAGGUGGACGACUGGUUGGCGGUCGCCGAUAGUUGGGCGCGGCUCUCAGACUCUAUCUCCAUGCCAGGUUCCGAGCACGAUCGGCGCAUACUGGGCCACGUCGGCAUGCCUUGGCCGGGCUUACCCACCAGGUUCCCGCACUUGAGCUUUCCGAAUCUUGCUGAGAGAUUAUUUGCUGCAGUUCUAUUCCUGUGCGCUAAUCUCCGCUCGGUAACGCUGCGUUGUCUGCCGUACUGGCCAGAUUUCCCGCCUGCUGAGAUACGGUACGACACCUUGAGCAAGCUCCUCGAGUCCUCACUCGAGGAUCCAAUACUGAGAAACACGACGUUACAGAACCUCGACGUGGUCAGGUUCGCUAGCCAGGAAGGGAUCAAAGCCGCUGGGUUGGACAGAACCGGAAGCGGCUCUACCGAUUGUUUUUUCACAAGAGUGGACACUUGUCCAGGGCUUGUGCAGAUACCUUCUGUCAUGGAGAUAGGAUCUCACAUCACCAAUGGGGGCUGGAAGGAGGUCGGCGACAUCAAUCCUAACAUCCAGCGCGUCACCAUCUCGUCCCUGCACCCUAAUCGAGACGUCGGGCUUGCAAGUAAUGCCUGGAGUCUAAGCGAGUUGGUAGUUAUUCAGCUCCCGUGGUGGGACCCCGAGGAGCCUGACCACGUGGACUACGAGAGUGCCAGCCCGUCAAUCGCCGAUGCCCUGCUUCGCAAACAGGCAGACACCCUCACCGUCUUAGACCUCAGGGAGAUUGUUGAUCUCGAAAUGGUUGCGUCCACAGUGACAUCUCUGAUGCCGCCGUCACAGUUGUUCCCAGCCUUCUCGCGGCUUGAGACCCUGCGUAUCUCGUCAGUCGCACUUGAGAGUGAAAAAGGCCUAGCUCGUCAAUUAAACAAGGUCCUUCCACCUCUUCUCAAGACACUCCAUAUAUCGGCCUACAACGCAGAUGUACUGACUGGCGAUGCUCCACCGGGCGGUUUCAAUAACGUCAGCAUUCACAAAGUCAGCGAGAGUCUCGCUGGGGAGAUUCAAUCAGGACUACGUGCCGGAGAGCAGUACAUCCCUCACCUGACCGCAGCGUUGCACAUGUUCGCUCCUGUGUGUGGCGAAACACAUCCAAAACUGCGGUCAAUCAUCAUCGAAGGCGAGGUUCGCCUAUUUGAUGAUUUGGUUUUUCGCUGGGUCCCCGCGUCGCAAUACAUCCUAGGCGGUACCAGUAUCGUUGACAUGUUUUCCAUGUUGGCUAAUCCGGCCCUGCAAGGCCUUUCUGCUCUAUUGCGUAUUGCUAUCAAUAACUUAGAUUGUCUCACUGCACCAAAUGAGCUUGCACAAACGAAACACCUGACCAAACUUGGCAACUGGUCGCUCCGGAAUCUACCCCACCAAGCCAUGGGCAUCGGACUCACGAUACCCAUCAGAGGCAACCGUAUCCAUCAGCAGCUAACGAAGACGUCCGUGCUGGCAUGGACAAGGUCCUAA